UUCUUUUCCACUUCUUUGUGUACAUUCCCGAACUAGACUCUUUAUCUUUUUUUUUUCUUGUCUAGAAAGUUUAUUGUAAAAAGAAAAUGCUUUCCAUUGCUCGAAAAUCAGCCUUGUCAGGAACAGUUUCCCGUGUUGCUUUGAGAUCAGCUAUCAGUAGACCUGUUGUUCUUGCUCCCACACAACAACAAUUAAAGCAAAGACGUCAAUACACCAACACAAAUGCUUCUGCUGAAAAGGAAACCAUUACCAAACUCUUGUACAAUAUUGGUUCUCGCAAAGAAGUCGAACAAUAUCUUCGCCAUUUCUCGUCUGUCGAGUCUCAAAAAUUUGCUGUCAUCAAGGUGGGUGGUGCUGUCUUGACAGAUGAACUUGAAACACUUGCUUCUGCCUUGACCUUUUUGAACAGAGUUGGUCUCUACCCUAUUGUGCUUCACGGCGCUGGUCCUCAAUUGAACCGUUUAUUGGAAGACGCACAAAUCGAGCCUCAAUAUGAAGAGGGUAUUCGUAUUACUGAUCCUCAAACAUUGGAAAUUGCUCGUAAAGUGUUUAUGGCCGAGAAUUUGAAGCUUGUGGAUGCUCUUGAGCGCCACGGUACUAGAGCUAGACCUCUUCCUGGAGGCGUUUUUAUUGCUGAUUAUCUUGAUAAGGAUAAAUAUGGCUAUGUUGGUAAGAUCACUGGCGUCAAUAAGGAAGUGAUCGAAUCCUCUAUUCGUGCUGGUGCUCUUCCUAUCUUGACCUCGCUUGCUGAAACUCCUACGGGUCAAAUCUUGAAUGUCAAUGCUGAUGUUGCUGCUGCUGAAUUAGCUACUGUUUUGGAACCCUUGAAGAUUAUCUUUUUGAAUGAAAAGAAUGGUCUUUACCAUGGUGUUACUGGUAAGAAGAUUCAAACUAUCAAUUUGGAUGAGGAAUAUGAAGAUCUUCUCAAGGAAUCUUGGGUCAAAUAUGGUACUAAGCUCAAGAUCAAGCAAUGUAAAGAACUUUUGGAUGGUCUCCCAAGAUCCUCAUCCGUUGCCAUUAUUUCUGCUGGCCAUCUUCACAAGGAAUUGUUCACUGAUUCUGGUGCUGGAACUUUAAUCCGCCGUGGUCACAAGCUCUUCAAGUAUGAUCAACUCGAACAAGUUGAUACUGACAAGAUUCGUCGUAUUAUGGAAGCUGAAGAUUCCGCUAUUCAAUCCGGCAAGAACUCCGUUGCUAGUUACCUUCGUUCUCUUCAAAACAAGAAUGUCAGCAUUUACACUGAUGAACCUGGACAAAUCUUGGCUAUUGUCACCAAGGACCCUCAAGAUCCUUCUAAGCCUGCUGUCCUCGAAAAGCUCUUGGCCACCAAGACUGCUGUCUUGAACGACGUUCCUGAAAACCUGUGGACUUCUAUCCGUAAGGACUACGAUAGUUUGACUUGGAGCGUUGAUGCUUCUAACAAGGAAGGUAGUCUCGAUCGCUCUUGGUACUUUGAACGUGCUGAUGGUUCUCUCAAGAACGCUCAAGAUGGAUCUACUACUUUCUUCUAUGGUAUUGAUGACACUGAAAAGAUCAAGCAAACUCUCAAUGACAUCAGCAGCAAGAAAGCUUCUGUUCCUUCUGGCACUCGCUCUUUCUCUACCUACCGUCGCAACAACUUUCAUUACAUGUCUCGUCGCGGUUUCGCCAGUGCUACAGGUCCCAAAAAUGUUGGUUUGAUUGGUGCUCGUGGUUACACAGGUCGUGAAUUGAUCAACUUGAUCAAUGCUCACCCCAACUUGAACUUGACUCAUGUCAGUUCUCGCGAAUUAGAAGGAAAGCCUCUUGAAGGUUAUACCAAAUCCAAUUUAACCUAUGUCAACUUAAAGCCUCAAGAUCUUAAAGCUCAAGAAGAAGUGGAUGCAUGGGUUUUAGCUUUGCCCAAUGGCGUUUGUACUCCAUUUGUGAAGCAAGUGAAUGAAGAUGUCAAGUCUGGUCAAUCUUCAGAAAAGGUGUUGGUUGACUUGAGUGCUGAUUAUCGUUUCGAUACUACCUGGACUUACGGUCUUCCUGAAUUCAACCGUGACAAUCUCAAGGGUGCUACCCGUGUAGCCAAUCCUGGUUGUUAUGCUACGGGUGCACAAAUGUCUCUUCGUCCCCUUGUUCCUUUCUUAGAUAAGCAAUCUGCGCCUACCGUUUUCGGUGUCUCUGGCUACUCUGGUGCUGGUACUAAGCCUUCUCCUAAAAACGAUCCCGCUUUCUUGAAGGACAAUAUUGUUCCUUAUUCUUUGACAAACCAUAUUCAUGAACGUGAAGUCUCAUACCAACUUGGAACCUCUGUUAACUUUAUUCCUCAUGUUGCUUCUUGGUUCCAGGGUAUUGCAUUGACUGUGAAUGUUCCUUUGGCCAAGUCCAUGUCGAGUGAAGAUAUCAAGUCUGUCUUUAAGGAAUUUUAUCAAGGUGAACGACUUGUUCAAGUCUUAGAAUCAGGUGAACCUCUUGUUCGUGAUAAUGCUGGUAAGCACUGCGUCCGUAUUGGUGGAUUUAAUGUCCAUCCUGAAGGCCGUCGUGCUGUCAUUACUACUACUUUGGAUAACUUAUUAAAGGGUGCUGCCACUCAAGCUGUUCAGAACUUGAACUUGGCUUUAGGCUUUGAUGAAUAUGCUGGUAUCCCUACUAACUAAACAUAUACUUUUUUUCUUUCAUCCUAUCAUUGUCCUUAUACUAAUCAUUUUACAUAAAGAAAAGAAAAAAAGUCAUUUUAUUUCCACUCUAAUGUGUAACGUUAUUCCAAGUGUAGCUUGCCAAGCUUUAAUCAGGCACGACAAUCAUGACGUAUUUUUAGCUUGCAUAUCAGUUUUAUUUGUUUCUCUCUUUUUUUUUUUU